AUGAAAUCAUUCAUUGUAGUGGUUGCAAUUCUUGCCUUAGCAUCAGCUUAAAGACUUGAUAUCAACAGCGCUAGCUGUAACAAUUACUUAAAGAAGUUUGGGACAGCUAAUAAUCCUGAUGGAUCUGGAGCAACAAAACUUGCAUUCACAGGAGAUGUUGCAUUUGGAACUGGAUCCACUGAUGUUAAGGUGAACCUUCGGUAUUCCGAUGUUGACCUUUUCAAUGAUGCAACAUACUUUGGUCUUGUUCAAGAAGAUGGAAAAACAGCAGCUACCACAUGUCUUGACCUUAAAUUAUGGAAAUUCACUUCCAACACCUACUCAGAUCCAGUUUAAGUUACUGAUCUUCCCAUAACCGCAUCAAAUAACUUUUAAAAAUAAUGGAGAUACUAUACAUUCACAAUUCCAGGAAAGGAUUUAGGAACUAGGUUGGUCACAACAACUAAUUCCAAUUAAUUUGUGUACAAAGGCUAUUAUGCUGUUGCUUAUUAUGCAGCAGGAACCGACCAAGUCUAGUACACAUUUUAUUUUGAGUUUCAACUGACUGUCGACAAGUCAAGCGGUGCCUCCGUUGACACUGCAUUCAAGCCAUUAACUUAAACGUCAACAUUAGGAUGUACUCCUAAUGCAGCUUGUACCACAAAAGCUGAUACAGUUUUAAAAUGGUGCACUGAUUUAAAUUGCACUGCAUUUUCGCAGCCCGAUUUACAUUUAAAUGAUCAAUUCGUUCUCCAAUAAGUCGUUACAACUGCAAAUAUGAACUAUUAUUUGACUGGAACUGAAGUCUGGUAUACUGGUAAUGGAUUGAAUAAGAAAGCAACAAUAGUUUCAGUUAAUAAUUCAGUCAAAGGCCAAGUUAUUAUCUAAUUAAAGGCUGAAAUUGCUUGGAGAGCAGUCACAAUUAAAGUUACCUCUACUUUAUCAACAACUUAAACAGGAGCAAGAAGAAUUUUGGUUUAAACUACCUAUGACCCAGUAAGUGGUGAAACAUAGCAAAUUGAAUGUAUCAAGGCUCAAGGAUCAGAAAAAUGUCCAACAUGCGAGGAAGAAAAAAAUGCAAAUGGAUAUUCCAGCGAUACUUGUGUCGAUGGAAAUGAUGAUGAUGGCUCUAAUGGCUAUAUCUUAGCAGCAGGAUUAUUUGCCAUGUUUAUAAUGGUGUGAUUAUUUUAAUUUGAAGCAUUAUAAACCAACUAAUUAUUUUUUUUCAUUAUUUUUUAGAAAUAUAAAAUGUC